AUGGCGUCUCCUCAGCUCUCAAACAAUGAUUCCAGCCGAUCUGCUAUCAGCAGCCAAAAGGGAGUACAAGAUGGAAACUCUCCGCUUCCACUUCUUGGGAUACCCGGGGAAACGGUCCCACCUCCAUCUCCUGGUGUGCUCAGGAUGCUUAAAACCACGACAGAGCUUGGAGAUAUCGAAUCAUUAGCUAUGUAUGGGAAGAACCACACCCAUAAAGUCUCACAAUUUCCUCGAGAACCCCGAUCACUGCCCAAAAUGCCGCGUCCUGCUGGGGGAAAUGUCUAUGCUCCUCGCCCCUACUCUCCCUCCAGCGCACCUACGUAUCCUGUUUCCCAGCGAACGACACCGUCCAGUCAAGGUUCGUCUCAUAAUACCGGCAAAAGAGGUCAAAAAUUCUCCCGCGUCCAGAGCAGACAUCGCCGUAGAUCUUACUCAUUGACGCAGGCCCCAAAAUCACAAACUGGGAACAGAGGAUAUAGUAACCUUGUCUAUCCUGGCAAAUACAGUGGGCCGAUUCGCCCCCGCCAUCUUCUCGGCCGUCCAACCCAACUCGAACGCUUCGGGUACCGUCCCUCUUCGCCCUCUCUCAGCGAAUUUACAGCUUCUUCUCAGAAGACAAGGAACUUUCCUGAUGGUAAAGCGACCCACAAAGGCUUGACAGGUGCGGCACUGCCAAUUCAGAGACAAGCUCCUGGCGGAAACAAGCACUUUGGAGUGUCACGGAUACCAAGGCUAGUUAAGGGAGCAACGCAAUAUGAGAAGUUUAGACCUCUCCCACAGCCGUAUAUAAGGUCUACGGCUCGCCAUGAGGUUGCUUUCUAUGAAUCCAGCCGGUACCAUCCUGUCAACGCUCGAUCCGUUGAACCCGUAGGCUUUCUACUCGCUCAUGAUAAUGUUGUACCACCCCCGCUCUUCUAUGAUUACAGCGAGCGCUUCGAAGAAGACCGCCGAUAUCUGACGGGUAUGUCGACACCUUCAUACACCUCAGGAUCUGCUGAUCAAGCCGUCGACGAGAGUAAAACGUCAAGCACCUCGGAAAGGGUAUACUGUGACAGUGAGGAGAGCUCACCGGUGGCAGAAUUGUCAGCAGAGAAAAUCGAGUCAUCAGAAGAAGAGCAAGCUGAUUUCUUGGCAAGCUCGGCCUAUUUGAGCGCCCUUUUAUCUGAAAAUGAUAAUGAUGUUGAAUCAAAGAAAAUUGAAAUUGAGGAGCCAAUACAGACAAAAGAAGCUGCUCAGAAAACGUCCAACUCAGAUGCAAAGCCUACCUCUAGGUCUGACCUAGGCGAAAGGCGCCGUCAAUGGAGGCGUCGGCAGGCUCUUUCCCAUUUGCCUCGGCUGGAAAGAGGUCGUCUAUUUAGUCAAGCCUCGUCUCAGGGAUCUUGUUCCAUGCGGCGACCGAAAUCAUCAAUCUCCUGGCAUGAAGAAGACCGAAAUGCAAUCACUUGGGCAAAUCUGGAGCAGCUGACGAGGCGAAGUCGCUCAGUUUCCAAGCCGUAUUGGAGGCUGCCAUCAGUAGAUAUACUUCAAUUGAAGGACCGGCGACGUCCAUCAGAAGCUGGGGAGCUAAUCCACCUACGACCCCGGAGUUCAUCUAAAGCUUCGACGGCGAAACGCGUAUCAUUUGACGUACCGCUCUGUCGUCCGCACUUCCAGGAGGAUGAAAACUUGGACGACCCGAUAUUGUCCAGGAAGCUAGGAUUUGCUCAUACGAGCCGAAGUGCUCUCGAUCCCACCAAAGCUGAGAGCGAUCCGGUUUCAGGAAUUGCGAAGGCCACACUGGAUGCCGAGAAAUCCUCCCUUGUCCAACGGGGAUCAAACAAUGCAUUGCGGUCAAACGAGAUGGACGAUCAUUCAGAAACACAAAAACCAACAUUUUAUGCACUAGAGAAUGCGAUAUGUAAAGUAAAUGCGUCACAUUCACGGAUCGAGGAAAAUAAUAAAGUGAAGGAAAUCCCGAGCCUACAAGACACCUUAAGCUCACCGCCACCUGUUUCUUGUGCAGCAGCUCCAGUAACCUUAACAACACACUCAUCCACUACGCCUGAAACAGGCUUUAUUGCUGUGCCGCAGCAGCUGGAGGAAAGUGCUCAAAUGCCAUUUGCGGCCGAGCUAGUUGCCAAAAUGGAGGCGACACUCCGAAGUUGUGAACCGUCCGCCGACAUCAUUGGUGAACGGAGUCGAGGGGACGCUACGAACAGCCUUUCAUCAAUUGACGUACGAUCCAAUUCGCCACCGGAGUCUCGGCCUUGGAAUCUCGAUGAAAGCUAUCCUUGGAGCUCUGACGGACCGACCAUGGAAGUAACUCUCUCAGCGCCAAGCCCAGUGUCAAAGCCCAGAGAUGAACAGCCAAAAGAGAAAAGCAAAGUAGUAAGAUCAGCGGCUUCAACAGAUGAUGUUUUUCGACAGCAUAGAAGAGAUCUAUCUCGCCCUCACACCUCGGAUCAGGAAAUGCCAACUUUAAUGGAGUUUUUGAGGAGCAACGCUGCAGAUGAGAGCCCGCAGAACUUUAGUCUCUUUGAAAAUUUCCAGAGGAGGCUUGCCCUAAACAGCUCAGAUGCAGACACUAUAUCCAGUGGAGGAGCAUGGGGGACGCUCGGAAGGCCCGUCAGUCGAGCUCACAGUCCAGGUGAUCGCUAUCCUACCACUGGCUUGGCGGCUCCUUCACCGCCGCUCAACAUAGAAGACGUUCGCAGUUUCUUCUCGGACGAUAGCUCACAAAUCGAACCUAGAAAUAGUCUAAAAAAGAGAAUUACUCACCUUCGAGCGAAGCUACCAACUUCCAGAUCCCAAUCUACAGACGACAUUCGAGGAUAUGACCGCACGAAUACUCUUCUUCAUCCUCUAGCGUCAAGGUCUUCUGCUGGUGCCGCAACAACUGGCCAUGGCCCAGUAACAAUCAUGUACGCGUACGAUGGCACAGUCGGCAUGUCGAAUGUUGAAUACAGAGCCAAAAAGGCGAUUGGGCGUUUGAAGUUUUGGUGGCACCGAGGUGGGGAGAUUGUUCGUGAGCUUCGAGGCACAAAGUCCAGGCCGAUGGAUAACAACAUGUUGCUGGACAUGGGAGCCUGA